CGCCUGGUUUUGAGGACCAUCGCUGGAGGGCAGGGGGAAAAACCCAAUAAACAAAGCUGCAUGAAAUCCGCAGAGAGCUCUGGAUAUCGCCAUGAUGAUGAUAAUCAUCGUCAUCUAAUCUUCUGCUUCACAAUUCAAAACGUGAUUUGCUUGAUAAGGAAGAACCAUCUUGUAAAUUUCGAGUUGGAUUAGGGGAGACGACGACUCGGACGAGUAGGAGUUGACUUUGAGAUACCCUGUUCAUCGAACCGCUUCCUUUGCGCUUUAGCCUUAACAGGUUACGUGCGUGGCUCUCUCUGCUCCUCCUUUUCUUGAAUCUGCUGAGUCUGAACUUUCCCACUAGCGUGUUCCUCUCUCUCUCUCUCUCUCUCUCUCGCUCUCUCUCUGUCCGUCUGACAUUCACCAAGUCUCUGUUUCUCCGGUUCUUGAACAGAGGGGGCGUGUUUUCUGUUUACUCUUCUUCGUCGUCCACGAUCUCGCAGCAGUCGGUGCCUGUCGUGUUCAUCGUUGAUUUUGAACCAGUCUCGGUCUCGCCGAACCCGCUGGUUUUUCUCUCGCACCUUUCCCGUGUCAUCGUUGCUUUCAUAUUGAUAGCUCCAAAUUUGAUACCCAUUUUUUUCCUGGAAAUUUUCGUCGUCCCCUGUUUUCUCCCUUAAGCUUUCUGGGUAACGAAGCCUUUUGAAUCUUCGUAUUCUGCUGUCAAAAUUGAAAAAUUUCUUGCACGCCAGAUUCCUCAGGACAGUUUCUUGGGCGUUUCUCGUUCAGUUGGAAUUAGCAGUAAUAUAUAGAGCUCUCUGUCUCUGUCUCUGUGCUCGAAUUCUGUGCAAGGACAAAGUAGAGAUGGGAAGCAAAGGAUCGAAGAUGAGCAGGCAAUACAGUGGCAGCAGCGAGUCGGCGAGCUCGGGGUGGGGUCAAUACGGGCAUUCCCAAGCGCCGCCGUCGUACGCCCAGCCGAGCUCGUAUUACACGCCUCAGCAUCGUUUCGCGCCGUCCCCGGCGCCUUCGUACGGUCAUGGUUAUGGUUCCCAGGCUCCGCAGCCGCCGAUGAAGAAGAGGCUGGACCGCAAGUAUUCGAGGAUCGCCGAUAAUUAUCGCUCCUUGGACGAGGUUACUGCUGCCCUCGCCCAAGCUGGCCUCGAGUCCUCUAAUCUCAUUGUCGGUAUUGAUUUCACGAAGAGCAAUGAGUGGACAGGUGCCAGGUCGUUCCACCGACGGAGCUUGCACCAUAUUGGGGAUGGUAGAAACCCCUAUGAACAGGCGAUUAUGAUCAUUGGACAGACACUAUCUGCUUUUGAUGAGGACAACUUGAUACCCUGCUAUGGAUUCGGAGAUGCAUCGACGCAUGAUCAAGACGUCUUCAGUUUCUAUCCAGAUGAUAGAUAUUGCAGUGGAUUCGAAGAUCUUCUGACACGAUACAGAGAAAUUGUUCCCCAGCUUAAGCUCGCAGGACCCACAUCUUUCGCGCCCAUUAUCGAGAUGGCCAUGACAACUGUUGAGCAAAGCGGCGGACAGUAUCACGUCUUGCUGAUAAUCGCCGAUGGGCAGGUGACGAGAAGUGUUGACACGCAGAAUGGGCGUCUGAGUCCGCAAGAGCAAAUGACUGUUGAUGCAAUAGUUAGAGCAAGCGAGUUCCCUUUAUCUAUAAUUCUAGUCGGGGUUGGAGAUGGCCCGUGGGAUAUGAUGAGGGAAUUUGACGACAACAUUCCUGCACGUGCUUUUGAUAACUUCCAGUUUGUCAACUUCACUGAGAUCAUGUCGAAGAACGUGGAUUCACGGAGAAAGCAGACGGAGUUUGCCCUAGCGGCCUUGAUGGAGAUACCUUCUCAGUACAAGGCGACUCUCGAGCUGGGCUUACUAGGGUGCCAAAGAAUGGACGCUCCGGAGAGAAUACCUCUUCGUCCACCUGCUUAUGUUACACCUCCGGUGAGCAGGUCGAAGAUGUACCACCACUCAAGCAGUUUUCAGCCAGACACUACUUACGGCGGCUAUGCCCAGACCCCUAGCGUGCCUACUUCCAGCUAUCGGAAUGAAAAUCAGGUUUGUCCAAUUUGUUUUACUAAUCCAAAGGACAUGGCUUUCGGCUGCGGUCACCAGACUUGUUGUGAGUGCGGUGAUGGCCUUGAACUGUGCCCCAUUUGCCGGAGUUCUAUUCACACCAGGAUAAAGCUCUAUUGAUGCGCUUAGCUUCACCGCGUCGCCGAGACUUUCUAUUCCAAGUAUGUGCCGCUAAGGGAAGGUAGCGGCCUGACAUAUUUUUCCCAAAAAGUGGCUUUAGACCAUGAUUCUAAUCGCCUAAUAUGAAGAUGCUAGAUCGCCCAAGGGACAUCUUCAUUGGGAAAGGACUGCUGAGAAUUUCCCAGUAUGAGGAAGAAAUUUUGAACCGUCAAUACAUUACUUAGGUUCAUCGAAGGUCCUCUAGGUUUGAUUAUUUUCAAGUUCGUGCUUGGUGAUUGAGAAUGUCGAUGUCGGGAUUAGUCAAGUGAGGCAGAUGUAAAUAUGAAGAUGCUGGUUCAUCAUUCUUUCAUUGUUUUUUCCCUGUCAAACUGCUUCUCAGGUCCAUUUCCAAAUUCCAAACUCUAUUUCUCUUGACUCUAUUCUGUUGAGAGAGGUUUAAAGUUUUGCCGCAUUUACUUUUGUUCUCCGAAUAAAGUUCAAUUUAACGCA